AUGUCGUACACUGAGCUUUAUCCCUCCUUGUUGCAAAAGGGUUUGGUGGUUCCCAGACCUAUGGGACCUCCACCUGAUCAUCUUCCUCCGUGGUACAACCCUAAUGCGCACUGCCCUUUUCAUGAAGGUGCCCCCGGGCAUGACUUAGAGGGUUGUUACGCUCUGAAGCAUAGGGUUCGGGAAUUGAUUGAGAGCAAGAUCUUGUCUUUUAAAGACAUGGGACCGAAUGUGAAGAACAAUCCUCUUCCUCCCCAUGAAAAUCCUGGAGUCAACGCCAUUGAAGACGCUUCUGUUGGUGUUACGGUUGAUAAGGUGGAGGAUGUUAAGACUCCUUUGGCAGCAUUCCAUGCCCGAUUGGUGGAAGCUGGCCUGGUUAAUGUUGAUCAUAACAACUGUGAAGAGUGUGCCACACACCCAAAAGGAUGUCAGGUGGUACGAGACAAUAUCCAAAACUUGAUGGAUGAAGGAGUGCUUCAAAUAUCCAGUGCUGUGAAGAACGAAGAUGUGUUGGUAAUUGAACCUUGUUUCAAUUUACCCGAACCAGUGGAAAUCCCUUACUAUAGCAGAAGGGUGGCGCUUGAGAAUAGUCAUUCGUUGCCUGUUGAAAUAUGUAUGCCCGCACCUUUUCCGUAUGAGAGCACCAAGGUUGUGCCUUGGAAAUAUGAGAUUACUGUUGUGGAUAAGGUUGUUGAAGGAAGUUCAGACGCUGAAGUGACAGAAGCUGUAAGUGAAGACGUCACCAAUAUUGCAGGAAUGAGCAGAAUGACCCGUAGUGGUCGAAUCUAUACGCCUGAAUUCAAUGUGACCCCUCAAGGGCCGGCCAAGGAAUCAACAGUUGUAGCUCCCACUAAAGAACCCGAAGUGGUUCAAUCCGAAGAUGAUGUUGAAUUCUUGAAGUUGAUCAAGAAAAGUGACUACAAGGUUGUGGACCAGUUGCAUCAGACACCAUCUAAAAUCUCUAUUCUGUCUCUGCUAUUGAACUCCCAAGCCCAUAGGGAGGCUUUGUUUAAGGUGCUUGCUCAAGCUCAUGUAACACAAAGCAUAACAGUAGACCAAUUUGAUGGAGUGGUUGCAAACAUCACAGCUUGCAACACUUUGAGCUUCAGUGGAGAGGAAUUACCUGAGGAUGGACAAAAUCACAAUCGUGCCCUCCAUAUCUCGGAGAACCGUGAUUGGAGAGGUGGAAUUGCCCAGAUUGAUUGGCCCUCAUGUAUUCCCGAUUAA